UUAUGGCGCCAUUACGCGAUAUCGGCAUCUCUGUAGCUGCCGAAGGACCGCAAAAGCCACACUCGCAGCUUGGACAGACACAUCCGAGUGUGAUUAGCACAGACUCGCAUGCACAUGCACCAGUGCACCACCACCAACAACAUAGAAUGAAAACCGCUCGCCCUCCGAUCCCCCACAUAUAUAUACCCGCCCAUCCACUGAUCUCCCCUGCAAAUGAAGCUCUCGCCACAUCUUGUGAGCUCGAUAAUCCUCUCAAGAUGUUGUCUUCUCACUGUGAUAGCAUGCUGCAAUACGCGGCCGGGCGGCGGGCGCUGCUGCUCGACCACCGGCGGUACCGGCCGAACGUCGAGGUGGCGCCCAACUGCCCGCGCUGCGACUCGCCCAACACCAAGUUCUGCUACUACAACAACUACAGCCUCAACCAGCCCCGGUACUUCUGCAAGGGCUGCCGCCGCUACUGGACCAAAGGCGGCUCCCUCCGGAACGUGCCCGUCGGCGGCGGAUGCCGGAAGAACCGGCGGGGCAAGUCGGUACGGUCCAUGGCCGUCGACACGGUCGCGGCCGAUGGUGGCGCCGCGUUCUCGCACCGGUUCCCCGGCACGCUGCGGCCGGACCUGCUCCUGGAAGGCAUGGUCGGCAGCCCGGCCGACUUGAUGAGCCAGCAGAUGGGCGCCGACAAGCCGGCCGUGGGCGCCGAGGGGUCGACGAUCGACCUGGCAUUGCUGUACGCCAAGUUCUUGAACCAUCAGCAGCGCGCCGUCGUGCCGGAAUCCGUCGACACCUCCAGUGGGUCAAGUGACAUGAGCCCUAACGCCCCGCCGCCUGACCAGCCCUUCACGAGCCAAGACGGGUUCGGCGAGCUGACCGCACCGGCGAGCGCAGAGCCUGGGGCAACAGCGCUGCAGUGCCCCGACGCGCGCGCGGAGGCGUUUGGGGAGUUCAGCUUCAGCGUGGAUCAGAGGUACUACGACUCGCUGGGGUUGCCAACGGACGGUGGCGACUUGAUCUUGCCGUCGACGUGGGGUCAGGAGGCCAAGUACGAGCCGUUCGACUCGCUGCCCGAGGACGCCAUGGGCCUCCACGACGGCGUCACCGGCGGUGACGAUGUGUGGAGCAAUUCGUUGGGCUGCCAAGGACUGGAAGCAGCUCUCUGCAGGCCUUGAUUUUUUAACUCCUCUGUUAAUUGGGACUAUGGACGAAAAUGGAUAUUAUACUAUCUUGAUGAAUAAGGGGAGCAAUGAACUGGCUUGGGAUGGACUGAGUAGCCCACCUGAGGAGCAAGUAACACCACUUGUGGAAGUUAUUCCCACCGUG